CAUUUUGGGGAUAUCCCUUCCAUAUUUUCACUCAUUUUCUGAACUUUUCAUCGCCCAUUUUCGUGAUUUUGUCUUUAACUUUUGCUAAUUAAAUCAUGGUGAACUAGCUGUAAAAGAAAAGUUCUGCAUAGGGAAUACAUCAAUUUGUUAUUAUAUAGGCUUAUUUUGAUAAAAGAGGAGAUAUUCAGACAUUAGCAUUGCUGUUAGAAAUGGUGGAGGAAGUUGCCCAUUGGAGGAAAAUUGAAGAACUUGGUUCUGGUGGUUUUGGAUGUGUGAUACUUAUAAAAGACGAGAAAAAUAACAGAAGCCUUGCGCUAAAGAAAGUUAAAUCAUCACUUGGUGAAAUUGAUACGGAGAAGAAAGCAAGAUGGAUUAGUGAAGUGUCUAUCAUGAAGAAGUUGGAACAUGUCAAUGUGGUGACUGCUUACGAGAUGCCACCAGGAAUUGACCACUUGGUUGGUGAUAUGACGUUACCUGUGCUCUGCAUGGAGUACUGCUCUGGAGGGAGUUUGAGAAAGGUUCUUGGACAGCCAGAGAAUUCUAUUGGUCUUUCUGAGUUCAGUGUGAGAAACAUAACCAGAGAUAUCGCAUCAGCUAUUGAGUAUCUUCAUUCCAAACGCAUCAUUCAUCGCGACAUCAAACCAGAUAACAUCGUACUUAAGCCAACUGAAGACAAGAUCAUCUACAAGUUGAUUGAUCUUGGUUAUGCCAAAGAAUUAAAUGAGAAGAAUUUACUCUAUUCCUUGGCAGGAACUAAAUAUUACCUCGCUCCCGAGCUACUGACAACACAGAGACAGUACACUGGCACUGUAGACUUCUGGUCGUUUGGUAUCACCGUGUUUGAAAUUAUAACUGGUCAGCGUCCAUUCCUAGCCUCCUUCGCUGACGAUCUCUACAACUGGCAUAACUUUGUGAGUCGAAAACAAGAUACCCACAUCUUUAUUGAACAGAAUGGGGACCGUGUUGUAUACUCGACCAGACUACCCAAACCAAACAACCUGUGUCGCCCAUUUGCUGCUUAUAUGGAGGACUUCCUGCGAUCAGUUUUGAAAUUUGAACCUCAAAAUAGAGGAGGUGGAAUGACUCCAACCUGCUUUGACUUCCUUCGUGAAAAAUUGGAACAGAAGAUCAUCCACAUCUUCUCUGUCCCUACGAAUGAGCUGCUGUCAUAUCCCGUCAAUGACAAGGUCACGAUCCUCGACCUCAAGAAGAACAGUCUCGAGAAGGAGAGUAAGGUUCCAGUCGAGGAGCAGGAGUUACUGUUACCAACCGGACAGACACCAGAGAAUAUCAAACCGGCUGCUAACUACUUAGCUGAACCGGGAACGGAAGAGGAUGCAAUGGUUUUCAUGUUCAGCAGACGUGAGGGGCCACUGGAUGUCAAAAGAAAACAAAGAUCCUUUACAGAUUUAGUUAUUAAUAUGCUGAACAAUCCAAAGAACCUCUAUGCAUAUCCGGACCAAAAGAAGAUAUGGGGCCAAGCUGUACAUUACUGCCUGGGACUGGCGAAGGAUUAUAACAGAUUAUUACAUGCACAGAAAGCUGCAAUGCUGAGUCUGCUGAGAGAGAAUAUGGUGUUCACCAAGUAUGCAAACAAGAUGGAACUUGCCAAGAAUCGACUGGCGGCCAAGCUAGAAUUCUUCAAAUUCAGCCAGGAGUAUGAUAUGGAGAAAUAUCAUGCUCAGUUCAAGGAGGAAUCCAGCCUUAGAAUAACCUCUGACAAUAUGAUACGCGCCUGGGAAAAGAUGAUGGAGAAGGCGAAUGGUCUGGAGGAUGUGGUCAAAACCUGCCAAGAACAUGAAGAUCAGUGCAAUGCCUUGAGAACAAAGAUUGUGGAACUUCAGAGGAGUCCCUUUGCCAGGACGAAACCGACAGACACAGUCGAUGAUUUAGCUGCUGCUGUCCAGGGAUUAUAUGGCCAACUCAUUGGUGGUAAGACAAAAGAAGAGCGACGGAAGAUGACGGACAGGAAUGAGGAAAUGUCUGAGUCUGUUGUGCGCUGUCUCGAGCAAUACGAGAAGCUGACUCAGGAUUUAUACAGACAUAUUGAUAAAGUGUUCAAGUACAAGUGUGAGGUUAUGGUAAUGCUGAGGAAGCUUGAGAUUGAUUGUAACAGCGUUGAGGAAGGCGUAGAACAGUUAAUGAAGUCGCAGCGACAGAGGCAGGACAGUAUGUGGAAGAUGGUGAAGAUCGCUCUCCAGAAGGGUGACCUUUUGACAAGUAUGACCUCCAGUCAGAUGACAAUGUCAAGGUCAGUUUCUCAAGCGAGUCAGGGGUCAGAGACCGGUAGCUCGAGUUCUAACAUGAUGUCAUCAUCACAAGACUCACGGCAGGUGGUGUGGGGAAAUGAACGGUCCCUGAGUGAAGAGAGCAGUAGCGUUCUGAAUGAGAAUGAGGUAACCAGACAGAGGAUGAGUGAGAUGAUGGCAUCACUGCAGCUGGAAUCCUUACAGACGCAUGAGCUAGAGUCGAGUUUAUACGUAGAGACUUUCAUGAAUGAAUCAACUCUCAAGUCAUGAUGAAUCAUGACUGAUUUAGGGCUGGAUUGUUUGGUGGAAGCUACAGUUGAAGCCACAAAUAGUAUUACAGAGUAUAUGGAAAAUAAAUGUUGCCAGUUUCCACUAAAACGAUUUUAAAUAAUGCCAUUUCUACCAUCCUUGUGCCAUGAUUGCCAGUGAAGUGUUUUAUUAGCUAAACCAGUCUGGCUAAACGAAGUAUGGGGACAUCUUGUUGUCAGAAAGUGUUCUUUCUCGUUGAGUAAACUGUUCUCGAGUGCAGGAGUUCCUUCGAAGUGUUUCCAUUGUUAAUGGCUUCAGACACAUAUAUCAUGGCAGAUUACUUAUUUCAUCUGUGAGUGUGAGUGAUGCUCCUGGGGAAUAAGUUCAGCUGAUAAGUUCUGGUAUGUGUAUGGUCAUCAAGUGGAAAAAGUAUUAGAAAACCUUACGUGUGUAUCCGUUUCUCUGUACUGCAGGUCCAAGACAAUGGGUGAUAUGAAUAAAGACUAGCAAAUGCUUUUGCUGAAAACUCCAUGUACAUUUACACAGGCCUUUCUCUUCAAAACAGAAGUAAAAGCAUUUACUAGUCUUUAUUCAUAUCACCCAAUGUGUCUUGUCAGAAAUUAUCUGUGCCAAUUUGCUGCCGGUUGUGUAUGUCAAUGCAAUCCUGUCUUGCUUAAUUGGGUCAACAGUUGGAUUUGAAUUUGAAGUUAUCUAAAGGUGCUAUCUGUGUAUCUUGCUCAGUUGUUGAGAUGUUUGUUGUGAAUUGUUAUUGAUUGUUGAAUUCCUGUAAAGAAUGGUCCAUUAGCCUUGUUAAAUUGUACUUCGCAUGAAGUGAGUGAGGGACAUAAUUAGGCUUUAGGCUUGAAUGUGUUUUUCUAACCUUUUGUUCUCCAAUGGCAAUGUGCUCAACUUCAGCCCAAUAACAUGUGAAUAUCAAUGUACCACUUGCACUAACUUCUGAUUUUACUAAAUCCUAGUGUAAUAUAAUGCUGCCAUGAGCGUUCAUAUUCCGCUGAAGAGUGCUUGUGGCAGAGUAUUUGUAGUUUGUGUGUUUUCUUUGAUAAUGUGUAAAAAUUAAGCAGUGACAUUCAAUAUGUCAUACACCACCCUUUCCUCAAAGAGGUUUAGUUGAGCUUUAUGACCAGUGAAAAGGUCACUCGUGAAAGCUAAGCGUCGGCUUCAAAAACCAUUGUUACAUGAAGACUUGGUUCCUAUGGCAACCAUAAGGUACUCGUCAUUGUUAGUUUUCCUGGCCGCAGUGAUAUUUCCGACAAUGGCCAUUACUUGUUCCCUCAAUGUAUGAUUAUCCUUCAGACUUUGAUGGUAUAUACUGGCUUCUAUUUCUGUCCAGGGGGCUAAAUGUGGAACUAUGUACCACCUAGGUUGUGACAGCAACCAGUCUGUUCGUAUAUAAUCAUUAGAAAAGCAUGUGAAUAUUUGAUAAUAUAUGCAACUAAAUGCAUUUUGAAAUA